AUAAAAUACAUUUGUGACACAACAUUGCCUCGGUGCAUCUGAACAAACUAUCCAAAUGUAAACUUCCGGUCUUGUGAUGCUGAAGAAGGAAACUUGAUUUAGCAACAAAGUAACCUGCGAUUUGACUGCACAGCGGUGAGGUUGGGCAUUUGAAAAUGAGUGGAUUUGAAUGAAUACUACGUCGUACAUCCGAACAAACAGAAAAAGCGUGUCAAACGUAAUUUUAAUUAUAGAGAACUAAUAAGUAAUGCGCUAAUUGAGACGUAGACCAGAACUACAUGUGUCAUGCAUUGCCAUGGCUCUUGAGCUAUUAAUAUUAGGCUAUUGCACAAAUCGUGGAUUCUUAAUAGGAGAUUAAAAUUAGACUAAAACCCUUCCUCUUUCGUGUUUGUUAUUUUAAAGGCAACUCUCAUGAUCACGUCUCACAGUCACAAGCGCCAGUGUUUAUUUCGUCUUGUGUGUAAACGUAGUAUAACAGUAGCACAGUCGUAGAUUUAACUCCGCUGCAUGAUAACUGCAGGGAAGCUGACGAGAAAUAUAUAAGUCCGGGAAACCGCCUCGCUAUCUUUUUUUCUUAUCAAAGACGCCGACGAGAGCAAGAGAUGGCAUCUGUGAAUCUUGGACUGAAUUUAUCCCGAAGGAAUGGUGCAUCUAGGAACGCAGCUGUGGAAAGAAAAAACCUAAUCACUGUCUGCAGGUUUUCAGUCAAGACCCUCAUUGACCGCUCCUGUUACGAUACCAUUGAUGACUCCUCUCCUGAAUUCUUAAAUUUUGUGUCUAUCUUGGAGCAAAUUCUGAGUCAUCGGCUGAAAGGGCAGAUCACUUGGUUUGGCUAUGAAAGCCCUCGCAGUUUCUGGGACUACAUGCGAGUGGCCUGCAGCAGAGUGCCACACAACUGCAUCAGCAGCAUUGAGAGCAUGGAGAAUGUGGGCUCCUCCAGGGCAAAGGGUCGAGCGUGGAUCAGGGUUACACUAAUGGAAAAACGCCUUUCGGAAUACAUUUCAGCAGCCCUAAGAGACUUCAAGACAACCAGGAGGUUUUAUGAAGAUGGAGCAAUUGUACUGGGAGAGGAAGCAAACCUGCUCGCCGACAUGCUGAUCGGACUCAAUGCCAUCGAUUUUAGUUUUUGUCUGAAGGGUGAGGGCCUGGAUGGUAACUACCCUGCUGUUAUAGACUAUACACCCUAUCUGAAGUUCAUGCAAAGCUCUGACAGCAUAAGCAGUGACGAGGAGGAGCUGAGGACUCUGGGUAGCAGUGGGAGCGAGAGCAGCACCCCUGAGAACAUCAUGGAUGAGAGCAGCUGGUACAACAAAUGUAAGAGGGUAGAACAGAAAUACAGACUGGCCUUGGAGCAGAAGUGUUACCUGGAAGAGCUGGUACGUCUCAGAGAAGCCCAACUGUCUGAGUCUGUCUCUCAUAACAAAGCCCUUCUCCAGAGGCUGGAGGAUACAGAUGUGAAUCACAAACUAGAAAAAGAGCAACUUGAAUACAUUGUUCUGGAGCUGCAGGACCAGCUGACUGUAUUAAAGAACCAUGACCUGAGAUCAAGGCAGGAGCUAACAGCCCACCUAACCAAUCAGUGGCCUUCACCUGGUGUGCUGGAUACAAAUGCUGUUGCCUUGGAUACGAUGCUCUACAGGAAGCACACUGGACAGUGGGAGGAAAAGAGUUUCCACAGUCUGGAGCAGCUCUCUGCAGAUACCAGCCUGUCUCCGAGCUCGUCAGAUCCUGCUCGCUUACAGGACUCGGAUGGCAAACUGAAAGGUUCAAACACACAAAGUGAAGGCAAGGAAGAUACCCCUUCACUGCUGGGUUUAUGUGGCUCUCUGACAUCCGUUGCUAGCUACAAGUCUCUAACCAGCCUCAAGUCAAGCGAAUGUCUCGCGAGCCCCACCACAGAAAUGACCAGCCCGGGCCUCACACCCUCAUGAGAACACCUGCCUUCCUGAAGGAGCUUCAGACCAUAUACACUAUGGCAACAUUUCACUUGCCAAAAACAAACAGGCAGAUUAAAUGAGACUUUGCGUACUGUUUUAAACCUAGCAGUCUUUGGAGCCAAGACCGUUGUCCAUUUUUGCUGCUUUUAUUGAGCGUGACCAGUUUUGGCAAAACAUAUACAGGGUGGCUAUACGGCCACUGAACUGCUGCUGUGGGAUGAACAUUCAUCACAGAGCAAUACAAAUGUGCAGUCAAUGAAUAUAUAUAUAUAUAAUUUAAAUGCUAUCCCAAGGAUGGAAGCCCUCCUUCACUAUUGUGCAUUGACUAAAGCACCCUUAGACCCGUGAUGGUAGUCUUUAUAGAUUUGAUGUCCAGUGUCUUGUUCCUGUCAGGUUUCACUUGCUCUGCUUUGAAUACUCUCUCAAUAGCAGUAGCACAGAGUGACUUUUUAGCUACCUUGAACUUUACUUGAAUGUACUUUUUUUAUUUAUACUGUAUCACUUUUAAAGAUAAGUUGUAUCUAAUUCAGAUCCCAGACAGAAUUAAAGCUUAUGCAGUGUCAUAUGUAUACUUUUUUAUAAUGAUUAUGGCACUACCACAAUUUGUAUUUAAUAAAGGCCUCAGUCAA